AUGAACGAAAACAAGGCACCAGAGGGUGGGGCAUUCGAGCUGCUGUCGUGGACUACACCGAGGCAAUUUCACUUUAUCGUCGAUCGAUACAACGACUUCGUCGAAGUUGCGAGGGACGACGGAGAGAGGGCAAAGUUUUGGACAACACUGGAAGACGAUUGGUCGUCUGUAUGGGAUUUCACCCCGGAGAUUAUGCAGAAACUGAAGAAGUAUUACUACACCAUGUGUGGUGUAAAUAUCGAACGAGGGUGGCUUGUACGCUCGGAGAUUCGCACAGUGCUCAUGGCUGGGAGUGUUCUGGUUCACGCUGAGAAAGUCGCGACGAAAGGGAAGGGGAAAGAGAAUGCCUUCGACGAUCCAUUGCUUCCCAGCCAGCCCUUAAACGAAAAGGUUGAACUCCCCUUUGGGGUGCAGCAUGCGGAUAUUCGGGCAAAACUUGAUGGCGGUCGCUUGACGUUCCAAAUUUCGAAUGAAUUGACGCACCGUACGUCCAUUGUCGUGGAAGACCUUGAUGAAGUUGAAGGUUAG